AUCCCUGUUGUUAUCCGUUCUUGCAUGUUGCCAAACCUUGUACCGAAAGUUUCACUGUAUUUAGUAACCUGUAUUGUUGCAAAGUAAUUGUCAUGGCUUCGGAACGAUAUAGCUUCUCGUUAACAACUUUCAGCCCGUCUGGAAAAUUGGUGCAGAUAGAAUAUGCUUUAGCUGCAGUUGCUGCUGGAGCAGCUAGUGUUGGUAUCAGAGCAUCAAAUGGAGUUGUUCUUGCCACAGAAAACAAACACAAAUCAAUAUUGUACGAUGAACACAGCGUGCAGAAAGUAGAAAUGAUUACGAAACAUAUUGGUAUGGUCUACAGUGGGAUGGGUCCAGAUUACAGAUUAUUAGUAAAACAAGCACGUAAAAUUGCACAGCAGUAUCAGCUCAUUUAUCAAGAACCGAUACCUACUGCGCAAUUGGUGCAAAGAGUUGCCACGCUCAUGCAAGAAUAUACACAGUCUGGAGGAGUCAGACCCUUUGGAGUCUCUUUGCUAAUUUGUGGCUGGGAUAAUGGGAAGCCAUGUUUAUACCAGUGCGAUCCUUCUGGUGCAUUCUUUGCAUGGAAGGCUACAGCAAUGGGCAAAAACUUUGUAAAUGGAAAAGUAUUCCUUGAGAAGAGAUAUAGCAAAAGUUUGGAACUGGACGAUGCUGUCCAUACUGCUAUUUUAACUUUGAAGGAAGGAUUCGAAGGGCAGAUGACUGCUGAUAAUAUAGAAGUUGGUAUUUGUGAUGCAAAUGGUUUCAGAAGAUUGGAACCUUCCAAUGUCAAGGAUUACCUUGCCAAUAUUCCUUAACUAAUUCCUUAUAUUACGUUAUUACAGUAAUCUUCACACGAUCUAAGGCGAAUAAACUAGAUUCUUAUAAUGAAAUGUUUUAUUGAAAAUAAAGUUAUUAAUCCUU